UCUUUUCUCUUUUCAUUAUUUAAAUUUAUAUUUACGCAUAUUUUAUUAGAGUAAAAAUUUACCAAUGUGCGUGAAAUUGCAGUUUGAAACAGUUAAUAGAUCAUAGGUAAUCUGUUUAUGUGCCAUAGAAACAAUGCAUCUUGGCUCAGGCGCGUAUUAAUUUCUUAUCAGCAUGUGCAUGUUAAUUUUAUGCUGUCAAACAUAGCAAACAUAUUGUAAAAAGUGAUAAAGUGUAAACAUAAAAAUUUAAGUAAACAGAUUUUUCUGCAUAAUCAAUACGAUAAGAGAAUUAUAAUAAAAUGGCAUGUAAGAUUAAAAAAAUAAUGAAAUUCAAAACAAUCCAUAGAAAAAUCAUAACGUUAUAUCAAGUGUAAACAAAUAAAAAUUUAAUUAUGCGAUCGUAUAAUUAAAAUACAUCUUAACAUUUCUCUAGAUGAUUGAUAGAAAAAACGCAGCUUUUGAUUAUUCUGAAGACUGCGUUAAUGAAUGCAAAAGAAGCAUACCGUUCGAAUCUCAAUAUAACGCUGCAAGUUUCCGAAUUCCGUUUCGAAUAAACUGGACUAUCGUACUGAUCGUAAUAGUCUCAAUAUUGGUCUGUCAAUUCGCAGAAUCGGUUGCUGAACAGGUGUCGAAUUCCCGUGGAAAAACGAACUAUGAUCAACAUUGUUUGGAACGUAACGCGCGAAGAUCGAUGACAUCCGGUCAAUCUUUACGAAGAAGCAUCGCCAACGAUGCUCCGCCUCUCACCUCGGAGGAUAUUUUAUCACGCUUGGAGGCUGCUGCAGCUUUGCGUGACAACCUGGUAACGGCGUUAGGCCGCAUACUCCUGCUCUGCCUCGACGAGGACACGAGGGUGCCCUUCGAGCGGAUUCACGAUGCCGUGCGAAAUCGUCGCGUCGCGGCCUACGAGUUCCUUCACGUUCUGCCGGCGCUGAGAAAUAAGCUACCGAAGCAACAAUUGUACAAGCUCCUGCAAAUACUGGAGAGAGUCGACAACCGCUUCGUCUCCGAAUACGCGUCGCUCUGCCUUAACGCGUUCUUGAAUGUCAACACCGCCGUGGUGCCGCUCGCCGAUAUGUUGCGCAACGUAGAUCCGAACGUGAUCGAGUCAAUAUCACACGAGCAAAGGAACGGGAUAGCUCCGUCCCUGACGAAGGACGUUGACUUCCUGUUACAAACGGCUCGCGACGGCAACCAGAUUUUCGAUCUGCGCGCGGUGUCCGCGAUAUUGUUAAAUUAUCCGGCGUUUGAUCUGACGGAUCCGGAGGUUCACGGCGCCAUCAAAUUUAUCGCGCAGCGAAUGAAGGAACGGUCGAGCUCCACGGAAGAUACCCUUUUGCGUUACCUGGGACCGAAUCUGGAGAACCCGAUGGAUCUUUUGAAAACUGUUCUCGAACGAUUGGAGGCGGACGAAUUCUCCUCUGACACAAUCAGAGAAGCGGCCUCGUUGUUGCUUCAGAAUUUCAACGUGGAACCCUAUUCGACAAAACGGAAGAAUGAUUGGAAGAAUCUCUUGAAAGUGACGAACGAUUAUUAUCCCACUAAUGCCGUUGCCGUAGCUAAGUAUCUGUUGGAUCAUCUCAAUAACUCGGAUAUUCAAGAUCUCGACAUUGACUUUUAUGAAACAGGCGAUCAUGCUCUGUUGCAAGUAUUGACGCGUCUCCGUAGAAAGCCGCACCUGCAACAUUUGGAGAAGCCCUUGUCUUUCCUGAUACCUUUUGUCUCUCAGAAACUGGCGAGCGAUGCCAAUUAUGAUUAUACGGCGCCGAUUAGCUUUUACGAGAUAAACGAUUAUCUGAAUUCCUUCGAAACCCCUUGUCUGCAGCAAAACAUUAGCAACGCGAUGAAAACGUUACGUCCAUAUUUAUCUAAGGAUCUGCCAUGGACUUAUGCCUUCGGAGAUAGACGAGUGAACGACGAUCCUUGGGAAUUAAUUUUAACAUCUCUGACGCGUUUGAGAAACGUCCCGGUGAGCAAACUGCUAGCGAACGCUGUCGAUAAUUUCGUUUACAAGAGUCAUAUCUACGGUUUAACCCGUGAACGAGAAUCGCUCUACGACGCUGGCGUUAUUUUUCAAAGAGAUGAUUCGACAAACGUUGAAGUCGACUUCUUUUCUUUACUGAUAAACGAAAUACCGAACGUCUUCAAAAGUGACAAAUUCACUCCCAUGCUGAAUUUUCUGUCCAAGCCGAACGUUCUCAAUAUUCUCGGCUACGAGUUUAACAAAUUUGAACACGAAACGCCGAGGAGUUUAUUAUUAGCGGUACUGAAGAGAGCGUUGGCGCUUCCCCUCGUGAAAUCCGACGGGUCUUUAUUUGCGGCUCUCCAAAAUGCUAACAAUUAUCUCGAAGAAUUGCUGCUGAUCAAUCUGUAUACCUCGGAGAACCUGCAAUUGUUGUUAAAAUAUCUGCCGCAUAUCGAUAGCGAUUCGCGAUACCUGCCACUAAAGAUACUCUUCAAGAAACAAAAAUUAUUCACCUACUUGUCGUCGACUUUCAGCCUGGUCGACGUAGAUACGCCGAUAGAAAGGCUCCUGCUCAUACUACAGACAGUGGGCCUGAAAACCGCGGAACCGAAGCUCUCCGAGGCGCUAAGAUUCGCUCUCGAUAACAUCAACGGGCCGCCGUUGCCAAUUAAAAUUUUCGACCGCUCUGACUUUAUUUAUCUGAUUCAGCAAUUGCUGUCGCGUAACAAAACGCUGCAGGACGAAAUUCUACAGUCGUAUGCGUACGUGAACGUCACCGAUUGGAACAUCUCCAUCAGUGGAACGCCGGAGAACGUUCUCGUCAGAGCCUUGAAUUAUCCUGUUUUUUAUAUCUCCUCGGACGGGAAUCUAGCCGAUCUCGUGAAGCGAGCGGAGAACAUUCUGGAGAGAAAAAUUGUGUUCCACAUCCUGAAGAGGCAGACGUUGGAGGCGAUGCUGGAGUACCUGCCGAACAACACGUACGUGAAGCCUGUGAUUUUGUUGUUGAAGAAAGCGGAUUUGAUGACUCUCGUGCCAAAUUUGAAUCCGGCGAUUUUAGAAAGUGCUACCCCGCGCAACGCUCUGAUUAUCCUUCUAAAAAGCUUGGCGGAAUCUUACGUAAUACGCACGGAGAAAUUAUUGCUGAGGCAUAUAAGAGCGACGUUGAGUUUUUUGGACGGCGCAAACGAAGACGAGAAUCAUCAGACUCCGAUCUUCGCUUAUUUGAUCCAAUCGUUGCAAGAUCCGAGCAAUGCCAGCUAUCAGUCACUCCUACGAGAAAUAAGCCAAUUGCAAAACCCGACGAUUCUGCCGGAAGAACGGGAAGCCUGGCUGCAAAAUUAUUUCCAGCAGAUCAUCGCCAAGAAUCAGACGGAGGCAAACGUAGCGUCGGUGAUUCUCAAAGAAAUUACGUACGAUAAAUAUCUGGACGAGGCAUCGCGUGCCAGUAAAAAACGCAUUAAUAAAGCUGUAUCGUUCUUGCCUGCCGAUUCUUUCACCGAGCCACUGAGAAAAUUGCUAACACCAGAUUGGGCGUACAGCAUUUUGCCGGAGGAGCUCAGAAAUUCCGAUUUGUUGGAAAAGGAGGAACUCUUGCUAGCGAUUCUAUACCACACAAAACAACGAAUCGACGUCGCUAAUAAUCUUUCUCUAAUGAAAAUUAUUUCUAAGAUCGAGACGAACUUGAAAGGAUGGAGGAUGAACAUCCAACCACUUAGGAAUGCCGUUGCUGCCACGAAGGCUGCUGUUUACGAUCCUGUUAAGAAACUUCUAAGCGCUGCGGAGUUGAAUAAAAUCGGAAUUACCAUUCCUUUCGGUAGAUCAGCAAAAUUAUCGCUAUUGGGAUUAUUACAUCGUUUACUGUCGCAUCCCAUAAUCAAAAAGAGCGAUAAAGUUUUCAAACUGUUGAAUAUCAUUAGACAAGACAUAUUCAGUUUAGGAAUUGACGUCGACUUAUUAACUAUAUUUGACAAUGCAGGAAUCGCUUAUUCCAGCGAGCUUGCUCCGAUUAGGUUAUUCUUGCACAGAAAAGAUAUCAACGAAAAAUUCGGACGCGCUAUUUUCGCGAUUACUAAUAUCCAAAGGCGGUAUCGCGCGUUACUGAAGCUCCUCCAUAAGCAUCAUGAAAUGGGCAACAGCACGCAAUUUUUAAACGCGUUCUCGAUGUUAAGAAAUAUCCGACCCGAUGAAGGACUCGCGGGCACCCAGAUCUCGGACCUCGAAGAUAUAGUGAACACCAUUCCGCAUAUCGUCAGACAACGUUUUAGAUCCAUCGAGAAAUUACUCAACGCUGACGUGUUGUCCCGUUUUACGAACGACGACAGUAUCGUAAGAUCGCAAACCCCAUUAAUAACUUUAUUGUCCAAGAUAGCGAAUUUAUCGGAGGUCAGGAAUAACCAUACCGCAGCAAACAUAUUAAACAAACUGCGAUCAGAAGUCGAACAUUUGAAUCAUCCGAUCGUCACCGGUUUUCAACUCAGACCGUUAUUAUUGGAAAUGGAGCAUGUUCGGCAAAUCAACGUGGAUUAUCUCAAUAGCAUCUUAAACCCGGAAGUACUUAGCUACUUGAAUCCAGAGAAAUUGUUCAACAUGCCCAAUAGCGAGAUACUUAGAAAUAUCGUUGACUAUUUAUUGAACGAAGGGCCAGCGUACGUCGAUUACAACAUGCAAAAACAGCUGCAAUCGUUCAAGCGUGCUCUGGAAUUGACGAUAGGUCCUGAAAAGAAGGAAGAUUUAACCACAGAAGACUGGGAAGAAAUGUUAGCCUUAAUACCGCACAAGAAAGAUUUCGUACCUAUCAAAAUCUUCUUGCAGUCCAAAGAGAUCGCCAAGUAUAUUCAGUACAAAGACACGAAUUGGAAGAUGUUUCCUACUCCGGUCAAAAAAUUGCUUUAUUUGUUAUUCUUGAUAAAAAAUAAAUAUAAAAUUGAAAAUGAGAAUGUCAAUGAGUCGGCAAAUAAGUUGAAGAAAAAUCUUGAAAACCGUUUCUACUUCAUUACCGAGGAAGACAUUAAGAAUAUGCAUCGUACCUUGAUGAGUCUCAAGCUCAACUACAAUGUAGUGCCCCUGAAGAUAUUCUUAAGUCACGAUAAUAUGAUCAAAUAUCUACCGCAAGAUUUCAAAUACACGAACUAUAGUACGUCGAUCGACGCCUUUACCGCUGUGCUGGAUAAUCUGCUGCGCUUGCCCACUCUGAGACGAAGGGUGACUCUUUACAAGACCAUGAGGUUCGUGAGACAGAGUUUGCAAAUCUCUUCGACGAGGCGAUCAUUUCAAGAGAUCCCCAAAAAGUUAUCCAGUAAGGAUCUCGAAUUAAUCACGAUAUUAAACAUGUCUCCGAAACUACGUGAAUUUUUGAAGUCCGAAAACUUAACGGGUUUACUACCGGAAUCGUUCACUUUCGACAACCAGCCGACGUACAAGACGAAAACGCUACAUUUGCUGCGGCAACUGUUAAAAUUAAACACGGACGUUCAUUCGGAAUUAGAGGGACUUGUCCAAGAAGUGGAAACCUAUCCGGACGUUCCGGACAUCACGGAGGAUGAUCUCGUGCCACUACUUAAUAUAAUUCCCGUCACCGGAAUGCCUUACUUGGAGCUUAUUAGAAAAUAUUUGAAAUCUUACACGUUAAUCAAGAUGUUACCUGGAAAGUUUGAUAUAAAGCAAGCGUCUACCGUCAGAGUGGCGUUACACGAUGUUCUACGGAUGCUGAACGCCACUCUUGGCUCUACGAAAAAUGACAAGCUGCAAGAUACCCUCAAUGUACUCGUAGGCGAAUUGACGAAAGUCAGUUCCGAAAUAAUACCACUGAGUUCGAUAGUCAAUAGCGAUGACAUAAGAUCUAUCAUAAACGAGAUUCCGUUCAACCAGUACAAUCAGAUCAAACAACUCAGGACGCAGAUGACGACUAAAAAAGUCAUCAUGUCUUUACCUGUGAAUUUCCAGCUGACCGAAUACAAGACGAAGAAAUUGCGCGUGUUAGCAGUACUAGGCGAGUUAUCGAAAAGCAACGCGUUUCUAUCUUUGGCGUAUUCGAUCAACUUUGCGAAAAGAAUCGUUAGCAAAAUGCCGGAUACGCCUGCGGUAAACGACACGGAGAUCGAGAAGCUAUUAUUGCCAUUGCCGUUGGAUACUUUCUACAUAAAGUUACUCGUAAAUAAUUGCAGACUGGCCACCUUGAUGCCGUAUUUGCCGAUUCAUUUCAAUAUUAGCAGCAUAGAAUCGCGGAAGAUGAAGAUCUCGACGAUCGUGCACUACUGCCAGCAGGCCAAUCCUACGGACGUGAGUACGAGGCAGGCAUUGAUUAAUGCCGGGACCUUGUUGAAGAAAAUGUCCGACAUCGACAUUACCAGGGAACACGUAGAUGUUUUGAUACGAGCGAUACCGUGCACUUACUUCUCCUCGAUAAGUCCCUUGCUGCAAUUUCUGUCGACGACAGAUGUCGCGUCGCUUCUUCCCAUAGAUCUCGACUUGUAUCGACCGUCACGUACUUUUAAGCAGCGGAUUUUCGAUCUGUUGAGCGCUCUACGAAACGUCAAGGAAUUGCAUAACGACAAAAUAUUUUCCGCCCUCGAUUCUCUAGAGACGAAUGCGAAAUUCUUACCGGAACAAGUAUCUAUCCCCCAGGAUCUUAAUCGCUUAAGUGUACUUGCGAAUUCUGCUUCGUGCAUAAAAUACCAGGAUUUCGCGUUGAAAUCCGAAAAUUUGGUCCAGAUAUUGCCGCCGAAUUAUAGCUUCCAAUCGAUCUUUACAAGGAAUUCCAAUGAAACGCCAAGUAGAAAUUAUACCGAAUGGAUAUCCAUUAUGCACUUCUCUGCAUUGUUUCUACGCGACGUAAAGGUAGACGGACCUAUGAAAGACGCGUUCGAAGCUUGCAAGAACGAUAUGCGUAGAGUAGGAAAGGAGAUUUUCCUCUAUCAUGCAUUUGUUCCAUUUAUUCCAAAUGGAAGGUGUGCGAAUGAAGUGAAGCCAUUAAAAUUGUACAUGCUCGGCCACAAAGAAGAUUUAGCCGUAGAAGAUUUACCCAAAGAUAUUUAUCGAGCCUUUUCUCAUGGGACCCCGUUCGGUAUGGUACGCGCAGUUAUGAGAGAACUCGCUUAUAGAUCAGAGUUAAUCAAAAGCAAAUCAUUGAUUAACGACAUAGAGGUUUAUUUGCAUGAUUGCAUCAUGUCUGCUUUUAGAACUUGGAUUCCGUCUUUUGAUAGAUCGAUUGUCAUACAAGAAGUACCAACGUUUUCCGAGAUCGAUGAAGCCAUCAAUGAAAUUCCGAGCGAUCACGAGUUCGACAAUCUCAGGCUUCUUAUGCAAUGCCAAGAUACACAAGUAUUGAUCUUGGAAAAAAAUCUAAUGCCGAGAGACACGCCGAAACAGUUGCUUCUGAAGAUGAUGGAGCUGGUCGAAAAGAGAGAUAUCAGCGAAGCGAUGCGACAGAGUAUCAAGACCUUGAAGCCACAUCUCGUGAACGAGAUUCACAAGGAACAAGUGGAACACGCGAUGAAGCAGAUGCGUGACUAUAGGUAUCACGCGAGCAAACUGCAAACCAUUCGGAAGUAUUUCACGCUAUGGGGAUUUCAGCUUUUAUACGGAAAUGAUUUCGACAUAAAAUACUCCACUUAUAAGAGUAUGCUGUUUGCGAUGAAUGAUUUAAUGUUGAACCUCACGAUUAGUCGACCAACUGAUUUUGCACCUGAGUACCACACGGAAUCAAAAUAUUUAAAUCGUACUCUGCACAACGAGAUGAAGAUCGAGCGCAUGAUAAAUGAGAGAACGAUAAAUGAUAUUGAUCUGCAUUCGCUCUUGUUCGCGUUACCGAAGACGACGGACGAGGGUAUCAUUCGCGGUAUCAUCAAAUUCUUCUCCAUUCCUGACUUGCUGCGUAAACUGAAGUUACCGAAAGACCCGUUCGAGUACGUGACCAAGGGUCGACUUUUACAAGCCAUCCUGGACCUGGGCCAGGAGCUGGAAAGCGUGCAGCAAGAUCCCGUGCAGCAAGAGGCUCUGGGGUACUUUCGAGAUAAAAUAACCACCAUCGACGGUCUCGACGCGCCAAUCGAACUGAAGAAGCACGCGAAGGAUUCCAACGUAAACGUGGACAUGUACGGCGUGAUGCGGGCUCUCGAUUACUCGAAGAUAAACGAAACCGACGCGGUGAAAGUGGCGAUGUUUUUCGAGCGUAAGUAUAACAAUUUGGUGCACGCCGCGGGCUUCGAUCACAUGACCUACACGACGAGGGGUGCGUAUUUGAAGGCACUGUUCGAGCAUCUCAUCAAAGUACCUCAGGUGCCUGAUGACGUCAAGCAGCAUAUUACGUCAUUACUACCGGCGGUGAGACUGGACGGUCCGGGAGACGAAAGCGUCGACCUGAACGCCGACAUCGUUCACGAGGAGAUGCCGAGUAUGAGGUUUGGAGAAUUUUUAGAUACCAAAUCUCUCACGCCAGUCGCUCGCUUUGAAACAUCGGACACCUUCCAAGAAAAUAAAGAGUCGCUGAAAUCCGCCAUCGACGAUUUACUCCUGACCAUAUCCUUGGCUGAAGAGGAACAUCUCGAUAAAAUUAGCGGACAGUCCAACGUCUACAAGGAUAAAACUCGCGUUGUCAUCGAAGUUCCUCAGCACAUUCAUCUCCACGACACUCGAAGAAACUUGAAUCCCAUAAACUUGCGAAUGCAAGACACGAAUAAUUUCAAUAAGAUAAUAUCAAUAAAGAUAAAAAAUCUCGCAGAAACAAAAAAAACGAUCGGUCAAGAGACGUGAAUCGUCAGGCAGC